CUCUUUCACUCAUCAAGUAAUAUUUUUAUUUCACAUCCUUAUAAUUUUAAGAGUUCAUAUAUAUUAAGUUGUGAAAAAAGAGUACGUAAAGGAGUUUGGCUUUUGGUUGAGUUAUUCGUUAUCAUUAUACGUUGUUUUAACAACCACGCUUAAUUUUAUAUUUUUCUCAUUACCACUAAACAUGUGUACUGGAAAAUCAUCAUACACAAAAUCCUCACCCAAGUUUGGGAAAACAAGUCCAACUUCUUCUGUACUCUCCCUGGGUUCCAAUGGUAAAGGAAUGACCAAAGUGGAACCACUCAAAGACAGAGUGAAUGAAAAAGCCAAGGGCAAGGCAGCCGCGGCUAAGAAUGUUGCAAAGGCACCAGCAAAAGAGAACAAAAAGCCUCUCGAGUUCAAACUUCAUUCUGGCGAGAGAGCAGUGAAACGUGCAAUGUUCAACUAUUCGGUUGCAACCAAUUAUUAUGUCAUGAAACUGCAGAAAAAACAAGAAGAGAGGUUGCAAAAGAUGAUAGAAGAGGAAGAGAUUCGUAUGUUGAGGAAAGAAAUGGUUCCAAAAGCUCAAUUGAUGCCUUUCUUCGACCGACCUUUUCUCCCACAGAGAUCGAGCAGACCAUUGACGAUGCCAAAGGAACCAUGCUUUGGAAACGUAAACAGCACCUGUUGGACUUGCGUUUUCAACAACCAACACUAUCUCUACCAUAUUAAUCAUACAGAUAUAUUCAAGUCAGUCAGUCUCAUUUGCAGUACAUUAAAUAUUCUAGUGGGUUUGUUGAAUUCGGAAAACGACACACCGAUCGACAUCAUUACUACAAACCACAAUAAGCAAAAAGUUAUAGAGAAUCCGCAUGAAGAGUUCGCAAUUACCUGA